UCCAAAGUAUUUUACAAAGAAGGCUUGUUUGUACUAUGGUUGAAUAUGAGACCACAUGUCGUCUUAUACAAAGCUGAACUAAUUAAGACACUUAUCAAUCAUCCUCAAGCUCUUGACAAAGCUUCAUCUUACUCCUUGCUGGAAUGCAUGUUCGCCGGUGGAUUACUCACAAGCAAUGGCGAGAAGUGGCGCCGGCGCAGAAAGCUAAUAACGCCUACUUUUCAUUUAGAAAUUCUGAGAAGUUAUCUCGGGAUUUUUAACGAGCAGUCGAUGAUUUUUCUCGAAAAGCUGAAAGAAUUACCCAAAGAACCAUACAUCGAAGUUGAUAAUUUGCUUGGAAAAUAUUCCGUUGACAUUGUGUGCGACUCCGCUAUGGGUCUGAAAGUAAGCGGCCAAAAGGGCAGUGAUCUUGCUGAAAAUUAUUUCCACGCUUACCAUGAAUGCGGAAAGAUUUUCGUUCACAGAAUUUUAAGACCAUGGACAAAUUAUGAUGCACUUUUUUUUCACUGCUUUCCAAAAGGGCGCGCGUUGAAGAAAUUUCUUGAUGUUCUUCGAAGUUUUACGAAAAAGGUCAUUAACGAAAAGCGAGAGUCGUUGCUUCAAGAAGAAAGUACUCUGUCGGGCAAAAGUCAAUCCAAAGAAUUUUCACAGUUACCAAGAAAAAGAAAAUCAUUUCUUGAACUCUUACUUGAGUUUCAUUUGAAAGAUCCUGAUUUUAGUUUAGAUGAUAUUCAAGAAGAAGUUGAUACUUUCAUGGGAGCGGGACAUGACACUUCAGCAAUCACUUCAAGAUGGAUUUUGUUUAUGCUCGGAAUGUACCCAGAAAUACAAGAGAAAGUUAUUAACGAGUUGGAUAACGUGUUUAAAGGUGAUGCACACCGGAAGAUAGCCUACGAGGACUUGAAUAACAUGAAGUACACAGAAUGUGUUAUUAAAGAAACUUUACGCUUAUUUCCACCUUUACCAUUUGUUGGGAGAGAGGUACAUACUGAUGUUAAUGUUGGCCCUUACACAAUACCAGGAGGCAGUGUAGCAAUAUUCAACGUAUACAUGCUACACAGAGAUUCUGAAAUUUUCCCCAACCCUGAAAAAUUUGAUCCUGAUCGGUUUAUACCGGACAAUUGCAAGUACAGACAUCCGUAUGCUUUUAUUCCAUUUUCAGCUGGACCAAGAAAUUGCAUCGGACAGAGAUUUGCCAUGACAUCCUUAAAAGUGUUGAUAGCUAACAUUCUACGAAACUUCAGAGUAUUUUCUGUUGACCAGAGAGACCAGAUUCCUUUGACAUGGGAAAUUACACUGACGAACAUAAAACCCAUUCGGCUACGAUUGAUUCCUCGUAGCGUUGAUUGA